AUGUGCAAUCUCAAUGUGAACUGCCCUAAUAUUGAGACAGGUAAAGAUGACUCCAUAUCGCUUUACAGUAGAUCUUCCAUGCUUUAUGUCAAAUGGGCCAAAGAAGUCUACACCCGUGUUGGUAAAAGGCGGUUCAUCCGGACUGACCCUUUCUUUUGGUCCAAAAAAAGACAAAGUGGCAAGAAAAGACUAUCAAUAAAUGAGCAAGAAACAAAAGGAAAAAAGAGCAAAAAGAGGGAAGGCAUCCCACCGUCAAAAAGCAACACAACAAAAACAAGAAGAAAAGAGGAUGAAAAAGAGGGAGUCACAGAAGAAAAAAAUGAAAACACAACAAAGAGACAUGACAGUGCCAAAAAGGCUGAGAAGAAAAAGGAUAGAGAUAAAGUCAAAGUGAAAGCACAGGAGGUAAAGAAGAAAAAGCAGAAGAAGGAUGCUGAAACAAGUUCAGAACAAGAGACAAGUGCAGAAGAGGUGAAUGAAGAGGACGACAGGGAGGAUGGGCAGGUGAAGCCGGAGUGUCUUUCACCAGAGGAGCUGGAGAAGCUGAAGGAGGCUGUUGAUGAGAGAAAAAAACUGAUUCAAAGUUUGAGGGGGAAGCCAUGGCAGAUGAAAAAGAAACUUGUCACUUUACGAGAGUCUCAGGAGUUUGUGGAGAAAUAUGAAGGAGCUUUGGGGAAAGGUAAAGGCAGGAAACUCUAUGCAUACAAGGUCAUGAUGACCAAGAAAUGGAUGAAGUUUCAACGAGACUUUGAAAACUUCAAAACUGCCUGCAUUCCAUGGGAAAUGAAAAUAAAAGAGAUUGAAAGUCAUUUUGGCUCCUCAGUUGCCUCAUACUUCAUCUUCCUGAGGUGGAUGUAUGGCAUCAACAUGAUUUUGUUUGGUCUUACCUUUGGUUUGGUUAUGGUGCCAGAGGCAUUAAUGGGACGUCCUUAUGGCAGCAUCCCAAGAAAGACAGUCCCCAGAGCUGAGGAGGCCAGUGCCAUGGACUUUGCAGUCCUAUGGGACUUUGGGGGUUAUGCUCAGUAUUCAGUCCUCUUCUAUGGUUACUAUAACAACCAGCGUGCCAUUGGUUGGCUCAAAUUCCGUAUGCCUUUAUCAUACUUCCUAGUUGGUGUGGGAACAGUAGCCUAUAGCUACAUGGUUGUAAUAAGAACGAUGGCACGUAAUGCAAAUGAGUCAGGGGUAGGAGAUGAUAACAGCUUCAACUUCAGCUGGAAGAUGUUCACAAGCUGGGAUUACCUGAUAGGAAACCCUGAAACUGCUGACAAUAAGUUUGCCUCCAUCACCACCAACUUCAAGGAAGCAAUCUUAGAGGAGCAAGAAAGCCAAAAGGAUGACAACAUCCACUUGACUCGCUUCCUACGGGUCCUGGCAAACUUCCUGGUCUUGUGCUGUUUAGCAGGAAGUGGAUACCUAAUCUACUUUGUAGUGCGGCGCUCUCAAAAGUUUGCCCUGGAUGGUUUGGAAAAUCACACCUGGUGGGAAAGGAAUGAGGUGAACAUGGUUAUGUCAUUACUGGGAAUGUUCUGCCCCAUGCUGUUUGACGUCAUCAGCACCCUGGAGAACUACCACCCUCGUGUUGCCCUGCAGUGGCAGCUAGGUCGCAUCUUUGCCCUCUUCUUGGGAAACCUCUACACCUUCAUCAUUGCACUUAUGGAUGAGAUCAAUCUUAAAAGAGAAGAUGAAAAAAUAAUCAAGUUUAAUAUAACUAUGUGGGAAGCCAGUCUUUCCAAUGGCACGGUAUUGGAAAACUACACAUUUCCAUCCACCCACCCUGCUGAUGUGCCCAGAGGGCCCUGCUGGGAGACCAUGGUUGGCCAGGAGUUUGUCCGGCUAAUCAUAUCUGAUACCAUGACAACUUAUAUCACGCUGCUGAUUGGUGAUUUCCUGAGAGCUGUGCUUGUCCGCUUUCUGAAUUACUGCUGGUGCUGGGACCUUGAGGCUGGAUUUCCAUCCUAUUCUGAGUUUGAUGUCAGUGGAAACGUCCUGGGCCUCAUCUUCAAUCAAGGAAUGAUAUGGAUGGGUGCUUUCUAUGCUCCCUGCCUGCCGGCCUUGAAUGUCCUGCGGCUUCAUGUGUCCAUGUACUUGCAGUGCUGGGCUGUGAUGUGCUGUAAUGUGCCGCAGGAAAGGGUCUUUAAAGCCUCAGGCUCCAACAACUUCUACAUGGCCAUGCUGCUUGUCAUUCUCUUUCUAUCCACUCUUCCUGCCAUCUACACCAUUGUCACCAUCCCUCCUUCAUUUGACUGUGGACCCUUCAGUGGUAAGAACCGCAUGUUUGACGUGAUCCAUGAGACACUGGAGUCUGACUUUCCUGCCUGGUUUGGUAAAGUGUUUAGCUAUGCCUCCAAUCCUGGACUGGUGCUACCCUUCAUAUUACUUAUGGUAUUGGCUAUUUAUUACCUGCAAUCCACGUCCAAAAGCUACAAAGAAGCCAAUGUGGAACUUAAGAAAAAAUUACAAACCCAAAAUGAAGAAAACAAGAAGAAGAAUAAACGAGCAGCUCUUAAGGCUCAAAUGGAUCUAGAGGAGGCAAGAAGAGCCGCAUCGGAACAACAAAAGAACAACAACGCUUCGUUUCAAAGUCGAGAGGAGGAUGUUGAAAAAAAUCCUGGCAGAAAUCAGAGGCUGCAUCGUGGUAAGAAUGAACAUAACCCUCCUUCCUCUUCUAGAGACAGAGAACACCAACACUCAUCCAGAGCCCCUGUACCUAGGACCUUUCACCAUGGCAACCAUGGGACCCCAGGAUAUCUGCCUGGUUUUACCAAGCAAAGCGAGCCCAGGAUGUAUAGGGUGCCGAGCCUGCAGAGACACUGA